AUGAGAACAAACAAUCGAUCUGAAGCUUCUUCAUCAUCAUCAUCGGAAAGUGAACAGGAAGAAAUGACAAGAACGGAAUCCACAAGAAUCAGUGAUUCAUCAUCAUCAGGAAAUCAUACAACAACAACACAAAAUAAUUUGGAAAUUGGUAAAGAAUUGAAAUUAACUCGAAUUAUUUUUGUCAAGGGGUUACCCUCGCAUGUAACGAACUCGCAAUUCAAAAAGUUAUUUGAGGAGUAUGGACAGGUAACCGAUGCAAAGAUUAUGAUGGCAAAGAAUGGAAAGAGUCGAGGAUUUGGAUAUGUCGGAUAUAAGAGGCAUGAAGAGGCUUUGAAUGCAUUGCAAGAAAGAAAUCAGACGUUUGUCGGGAUGGCUAAAAUUACGGUUGAAUUUGCAUUACCUUAUAAAGAUUCCAGAUUGGAACCACCAAAGAGUAAAACUUCAAAAGCUGCUCUUGCCGUCAAGCAAGCAUCUUCGAAUAGCUCAGCAAACAAAAGUUCUUCUAAUGAAGAAGAGGUCGAUGAGUUUUUGGGAAUUGGAAAGAAAAAAUCAUCAGGUCCAAAGUUUUGGGAAAAUGAUUUAGAGGACGAAUUUGAUGAAGAAAUACAGAAGGAUAAAAAAAAGGCAGAAGAUGAAAUGGCUGACGGUUCAAAGCACACUACUACUGAUGACGACACAAAAGAAUCAGCUACCAAGAAGAAGAAACGAGAAAAUGAAACAAGCAAACAAUCUGACAAUGCGAUGUUCGAAAACGAUGAUAAUAACCUGUUAUAUUUCAAUGAAAACGAGGAGGAAGAUCCUGGAAGACUCUUUGUGUACAAUCUUCACUUUACAACCACAGAAGACGAAUUGAAAGAAUUAUUUGAGCCAUUUGGAGAAAUUUCUGAAAUUCACAUUCCAAUAGACAAUGAAACUAAGCGGUCAAAGGGUGUUGCUUUUGUCCAUUUCUUAAUUCCAGAACAUGCUGACAAGGCUAUGAACACUCUCCAUAAUUCCAUCUUUCAAGGUAGAAUGAUUCACGUCACAAAAGCAAAAGAGAAGCCAAAUUUCAAUGUGGAAAAGGAAAAUAUGUUCCUGGGCAAGUCGAAAUACAAGAGAGAACAAAUGAAAAAGCUGAGAGAACAAGCCGGCUCGUCACACAACUGGAAUGCCACAUAUAUGAGUGCGAACACUGUCAUGGAGAGCAUGAGCAAACAACUUGGAAUUUCUAAGAGCGAAUUACUACUGAAUAAUCGGGAUUUUUCGAAUGUGGAUGACAAUGCAGCUGUUAGAAUGGCUCUCGCAGAAACAGAGUUGAUCAAACAAACAAAGGAAGAACUUCAAGACCAUGGAAUUAAUCUGGAUUUAUUGAACAAGCCUGCUGGACAAGUGAAGCUCUCUAGAACGGUAAUUUUGGUGAAAAAUAUUCCUUUUCAUGAGAAUACAGAAAAGUUAAAACAAGAACUGCAUGAUUUGUUUGGAUUCAAGAGUAGAAGAAUUUCCAGAAUCAUUAUUCCUGCAUCCAAAACAAUUGCACUGAUUGAAUUUUACGAACCUGUCGAAGCAAGACAAGCAUUUACUCACUUGGCCUACAAGAAUUUUUAUAAUGUUCCACUUUAUCUCCAAUGGGCACCUGAAGGUGUUCUGCCUCCAAAGAAAGAAGAAAAGAAAGAAGAGCCAAAGAAAGAGGAUAAAGGCCCAGUUCGUGUGGCAGACGAAGGCGACGACAAUCAAGAAAGCACUGUAUUAUUUAUUAAGAACUUGAACUUUAAAACAACGGAAGAGAGUCUGAAAGAAUUAUUUAAGAUUUACAAACCGCGAUCUGUUCGUAUUGUGACUGAAAAUGGUAAAAGUAAGGGUUUCGGCUUUGCAGAGUUUGGCAGCGUGAAGGAUGCGGUCAAAGCUCACGACGAAUUACAUGGCGUUGAAUUGGAUAAUCACAUCUUGGUCGUUCACUAUUCCAAUAUUCAAUCCAAUGUGAAAACCACAACAGAACCAAAACUUAAAAAACAAGACAUCUCGUUCAAAGAUGAAGAAAAGGGCGUGACAGUGACCUUCAAAAAGUUAGUCGUGCGAAACGUCGCCUUCGAAGCUACUCGACAAGAUUUAUAUCAGCUAUUCAGCACCUAUGGACAAGUGAAAACUAUUCGUUUACCAAAGAAAGUUGGAUCCAACUCACAUCGUGGUUUUGCCUUUGUAGAAUUUGUAUCUCCAAAAGAAUGUCAUCAAGCUUAUCAAGCCCUUAAACACAGUCACUUGUAUGGUAGAACGUUGAAACUCGAAUUCAGUGAGGAUGUCAACAUGGAGAAUAUUCGUGACGUUCAGGAACGAAACCGAGAAGAAUAUUUAGAAAAAGAAACAAAGAAAAGCAAAUCUAGCUCAGGAAAACGAAAACGAGAUGCCUUUUUGUAG